UAACUUCACCGUUAGAACCAGUGUGGCCAGGUUGUCAGCUGUUCGAAACGUCAAAACCCUCUUUCGAAGUUUUUUCCAACUGAAAAAACUAAAAACCAAAUACAAUAUACCUUCAAUUCUCAUCUUCUGAAUUCGAUCAUCAUCACUAUUAUUCCUCUCUAUGAUCGAUUCGAUUCAAUCCAACUCCAUGCCCAGAUUAUAAAACAUCCUUAUCAACACCGCAAAGUCGAAAUCGAUGGGGAAUAUAUUCGUGAAGAAACCUAAGGUAACAGACGUGGAUCGUGCAAUUCUAGCUCUCAAGACCCAGAGACGCAAACUUGCCCAAUAUCAACAAAAGCUUGAUGCUGUUAUUGAAGCAGAAAAGCAAGCUGCACGUGACUUGAUUCGUGAAAAGAAGAAAGACAGGGCCUUGCUCGCGUUAAAGAAAAAAAAGACACAAGAAGAAUUGUUGAAGCAAGUUGAUACCUGGCUUAUAAAUGUUGAGCAACAAUUAGCAGAUAUUGAACUAGCAAGCAAGCAGAAGUCUGUUUUUGAAAGUUUGAAGGCUGGAAAUGAAGCGAUGAAAGCCAUACAAAGUGAGAUAAACAUUGAGGAUGUUCAAAAACUUAUGGAUGACACUGCUGAAGCUAAAGCUUAUCAAGAUGAAAUCAAUGCGGUACUUGGGGAGCAAUUAUCAGCAGAAGAUGAAGAGGAGAUUUUGGCAGAGUUUGAGAACUUGGAAACCCAGCUUGCUGUCGAUGAUCUUCCUGAAGUUCCUACCACAGUUUCUGAAGAUAUUGAUGAAAAAUUGGACCUUCCUGAUGUCCCAACCAAGGCACCAGUUGCCACUGAGGCUAAAGAACCUAUAAAAAGAAAAGUUAUGGAGGAACCAUUGGCAGCUUGAAGAACAUUGCGACGGAAACACGUCAACUGCUUUGCAAACCAAAGUGUAGAAUCUGGUCUUCUUGUCUGCCUGCACCACUGUCAACUCUCUUGCUUCCUACAGUUACUGGAGUUUUGAAUGGUUUUAGUAUUUGCAAUGACAUUUAAUUUGUACAGAUGUGCAUAUAUGAUACUCUUUCCAUCUCUAUUUGAUAAGGCUUGUUCACAAAAAUCGAAAAAACAAUCAAAUGACCAAACAAGUGAAAUAUUUUUACUGAGCUGUCUUUGAAGUAUUAUUCACUAUUAUAAAUAUAUAAUGAGAUGCAAUGACUUGAGAA